AGCUUCUGUGAUCAUUUCAGCUCCAGUUCUUGAACCUGCCCCUCCUUGAGUCCUUUAUCCUGCCUUAUCGCUUAUCGGAGAGCGGGGCAGAUAUUUCGGCCAGAGCUCAAUGAAGCCACCACCAAAACUUGAAGCCGUCUAAGUUGACAAAUGCCGCGUGACCCUCUAAUUGGCCUGGUCGGAAAGCCCAGCGCGGGCAAGUCCAGCACGCUCAACUCACUCACAGACGCAACUUCCAAAGUUGGAAACUUCCCAUUCACCACCAUCGACCCGCAACGCGCAAUCGGCUACCUCCAGAUCGACUGCGCCUGCGCGCGGUACGGCCUGACCGACCGGUGCAAGCCCAACUACGGCGCCUGCGACAACGGCCGGCGCAGCGUGCCCAUCGAGCUGCUCGACGUCGCCGGGCUCGUGCCUGGCGCGCACCAGGGCAAGGGGCUGGGCAACAAGUUCCUGGACGACCUCCGGCACGCGGACGCGCUGAUCCACGUGGUCGACGUCUCGGGCACGACGGACGCCGAGGGGAAGAACACGCGCGGGUAUGACCCCAGCGUGGAUAUUGCGUGGCUACGGAGUGAGAUUGUGGCGUGGAUCAAGGGGAACCUGAUGGAGAAGUGGGGGUCGAUCAAGAGGAGGCAUAUUGCGGUCAAGGCGACCGCCGUGGAGACGCUGCAGAACCAGUUCAGCGGAUAUGGGAGUACGAGUACGGUGGUGGCGAGGACGCUGGAUAAGCUGGGGUUGAAGGAACCGCUGGAGGAGUGGAGUGAGGAAACCAUUGACCGCGUGGUGAAUGCGUUUACCGACGAGAAGUUCCCAACGGUGAUCGCGCUCAACAAGAUUGACCACCCAGACGCCGAUAAGAACAUCGCAAAGAUCGCCAAGAUGCAGGACCCUAAUACGAUCGUGCUCUGCUCGGCCAUCUCGGAGAUCUUUCUCAGGAAGCUGGCGAAGCAGGGUUACAUCCGGUACACAGAAGGCAGCGAGUUCGUCGACACGAGAGAAGACCUGAUUGCGGACGGCGACCCUGACGGCGGUGGGCUGAAGGAGCUGGAUGAGAAGAACCGGCAGAGGAUAGAGAACAUCAAGGAUAUGGUGUUGUACCGGUUCGGUUCGACGGGAGUGGUGCAAGUGCUGUCCAAGGCGGCCGAGAUACUAGGUCUGGUGCCGGUAUUCCCGGUCAGGAAUACGACUACGUUUGGGUCCGGCGCAGGCGACUCAAAGUUCGUCUUCCGGGACUGUGUCCUGGUGAAGAAGAACUCGACGGUCGCGGAUGUGGCCAGGAAGGUUAUGGGGGAUGCGCCGAUUGCCUACAUUGAGGGCGCAGGAGGCAUCCGGGUGGCUGAAGACCAAAUAGUCUCCGUUGGGAAGAAUGAUAUAUUGUCGUUCAAAGUAGGGAAAUAGAAGGCUUAUUAUGGCAACAUCAUGAGCCACCGUUCUGCCCUACUAUUGAAGGUCUCAGUUAUCGACCACAAGAAGCUUGAGAUGUUCCUCCGCAACUCGGUGGCCACGGACAGGCUUGACAACGGACCAUGAAUCAUUUGCGGAUGGUACGCUGCACGUCGAAGUUCAAGCCGAGAGAUUACAACAUCGCCAUGUGGGCAGAUCGAAGUUUGUUCCCUUGCCCAGGCUGUCACGCAUUUCUCGGGAAAGCCCUGAUUAGAGACGCAGCCGGCUACAGACACGAAGGAACCAUCGGAAAGCGAAGCUUCGGAGAGCCGCAAAUGACCAUUCAAAGUCGGAGGAAAAGAUCAUAAUUUGUACGAAUCCAUGCUCAUUCGUGAGGCAUGACCUCGGGUAUCGUGAUAUUAGAAGCUCGCAGAUGAGCCGAGCACCACAUGACAGGCGUGGAACCAAGCAAGCC